AAAAAUAUUCGAGCCGCUGACUAUUUCGUUAAUUUCAUUGGACCACGUAAGCACAUGUUCAACCGACACGGGUUAGGCAGUCAAAGGGUAAUGUAGUCAUUACGGUAUGUAUUUGAGGCUAUUUCAGUCAGUUUGAUUUUAACAACUACCCUCACAAGAACUUCUCCAUUCUGUUUCUUCUAUAGUUUUAUUUCUCGGAAUUUGGGUGAAGGACCCAUUGUUGAUUUUCUUCUCUCUUUUUCAAUUCUCUAAGGAAUCAGGAUUCACGUGUUUACUACAAUAUGGCAUCUGCGAAUGGAGUAGAAAGUUUUCAAGGAAAGCAGCCUUUAUUUUCUUUCGGUGUUAUCUCCGAUGUUCAGUAUGCUGAUAUUCCUGAUGGUCGCUCAUUCCUUGGCACUCCCCGUUAUUAUCGACAUAGUAUUCAUGUACUGAACAGAGCAGUGCAAAACUGGAACAACCAUCAAAAGCUUAAAUUCGUCCUAAAUUUUGGAGACAUUGUUGAUGGAUUUUGCCCCAAGGACCAAUCUCUCAGCUCUGUAAAGAAAGUAGUUGGUGAAUUUGAUAAGUUUAAUGGUCUGGUAUAUCAUAUGAUUGGAAACCACUGCCUCUACAAUCUUCCACGCAAAGAAUUACUUCCAUUAUUGAAGAUUUCAAAUCUUGAUGGAGGUCAUGCUUAUUACGACUUCUCACCUACUCCGAAUUUCAGAUUCGUCGUACUUGAUGGUUAUGAUAUAAGUGUUAUUGGUUGGCCUCAGGAUCAUCCAAACUCCAUGGAGGCCCUCCAAAUUCUAUCCCAGAGAAACCCAAAUGCAGACAAGAAUAGCCCAUCAGGACUGAUUGGCUUAGAAAGAAGAUACCUUAUGUUCAAUGGAGGAGUUGGUAAAGAACAAUUGAAAUGGUUAGAUGGUGUACUUCAGGAAGCAACACAUUUAAAGCAAAAGGUGAUUGUUUGCAGUCAUCUGCCCCUAGAUCCUGGGGCGACAUCUUUUGAAGCACUUCUAUGGAACUAUGACGAAGUAAUGAACCUGAUACACAAUUACAAUUGUGUCAAAGUUUGCCUGGCUGGGCACGAUCAUAAAGGUGGAUAUACAAUUGAUUCCCAUGGAAUACAUCAUAGAGUUCUUGAAGCAGCCCUUGAGUGUCCCCCUGGCAGCGACGCGUUCGGACACAUCGACGUCUACAAUGAUGGACUGUAUCUUAUUGCUACAGACCGAAUGAGCAGCUCAAGAAUGCCUUUCGAUUCCAAUCGAACUGUUGACAGUCAGAAUGGCUGCAUUACAGACCCUUUAACAUCUACAUUAUAAAUCAUCUUAUGACGUAUAUAUUUCAUGGUCAUAAGUACAUAGCCAUUCGAAAAGGGAAAACUAUGAAAUUUUAAGUUAGAUUCCCUCGUAGAAAGGGCUGAGGAUCCC